UUCUCCAAUGGGAACAGCUGAGGGGAAGUCGCAACACUGUAUCCUCCGACUUUACUACGAAAGUAAGGAGCAGGGAUCGCAAUGGAGAGGAACCGCGUCAAAAUGUUCGUUUAAAGUGUGAAGAAAAGUAAGAUGCCCGGUUUAUUGUCAUGCCCUGGUGGUCUAAUAGUCAUUGGUAUAACAGCACUCUUCUCUGUUCACAUCAAGUCGGAGAUAUGGACCAAUGAAGUUUCAGACGUCCAGUUUGGCAGACUGGGCUCCAGGGUCACUCUCACAUGUGAAGGCUACCAUGGCAGGUCUCCGGUGGAAUGGAGGCUAAAUGGAAGCUCAGUACAGCAAUGGCAAACUCUGAUCUCUGAGGGUUCCCUUACGCUCCUGAGCGCCAGGCAAUCUAUGGAGGGCAACUAUAGCUGCCAUGAUGGAAGUGGGACUUUACUGCAGACCAUCAAACUACGACUGGGAUAUCAACCUCAUUUUCUACAGAUUUCUUGCCGUGUACCAAAUCAUGAAAAAAUCUACUGUUCCUGGAAUCAAACUAAGAAGACGCACCUGCCAACAACAUACAUCUCCUCCUACAGUUCUAAAAUGAACAGCGUGUUAACAGCCUGUAAGCAGGAGCAUAUUGGGGAGAAUAAAUGUACCAUCACCAACCAUUCAUUCUGGAGCUCUCCAAAGGUCUACAUUAAUAUCACUGAGAUCAACCCACUGGGGUCCAACUCCACCAUCUUCAAAGUAGAUCUAUUAGAACUUUUAAAGCCAGAUACUCCAGAGGCUUUUGAAGUUCUGCAAGUGGAAGGUCAGCCCACACAGUUACUGGUCCAGUGGAAAUAUCCUGCAUCGUGGACUGCGGAUAACCCCAGUGCCUUUCCUUUAAAUUUCUGUCUGCGUUAUCGGCCAGCUGGCUCCAACUACUGGUCAAAGGUGGAGACCGAAGACACCACAAGUCUAAGGAUCAUGGAUGCUCUGGAGGGCCACCUGCAUCAGAUCCAGAUCAGAGCCCAAGAUGCUCUCAUCAACCACAGCCAGUGGAGUGAGUGGAGUCAUGUCCUAGAGGCUCGCCCGUGGACCGAGCCGACAGAAGAAUCAUCGAAUAUUCCAUUCGUCAAUUCAUUUCCAGUCAGAACAACAGACAAGUCUCCAGAUUCAUCAAUAGAUCAGAACGAAGGUUUUGGGUUGUUGGUUAUGCUGUGCCUGUUUGCAGCCUUUAUGGUGGCUGUGUUAUUGACCAUCAUAGCACUUCUAUGGGUGAGACAUAGAAAGCAGGACAAUGUGAAGAAUCAGGAACUGACCUCCAUGGUGAAGAUGAAGUCCAUACCGAUCUAAAAUUUGAGAAGUUGACAAGAAUUCUCCCCAAUUCGGCCCUCAUAGGGCAUCAUGAUAGGGAAUCACCACAACUGCCUCUGCGACACUGACUGACUACAAUGCCCACAAUCCACCUCUCCUCUCGCUGCUCAGGGGAUGGGCUCCUUUCAGCCAAGCUUCGAGUCCUAUGAACUGUGAACAUGUACAGCUCGAUAAUGUAGCACAAUGCAUUAGAAAAACACAAUAAGUUCUUUCUUUACUUCUCUCUGAUCUAAGCCAAACUCUUGGACAAUUCAAAUUUAUAUUCCACAUAGUAUAUUUUUUUAUGACUCUUGCUUUUCUAUAGUCCAUUGUGACACCUGAAUGCUGUGAAAAGGCUUUGCAGUGGGCUGGAUUUGUGGUGCACACUGGGCAUUAUGGAGAAAACAGUGUUUUUGAGACAGCUGCUGUUUUUGGAUGACACAAUGUUUGCUUUUCUGACACUCCACAAUGGACAAACUAUUUCGCAACAGGUGGAUAUAUUCUCAAUCGAUCAUUGAUUGUUUUCAGUCAGACAAGCGUGCUCCGCAACUAUAAAAAUGUUCAGUCUUCAAAAUAUAAUAUGCCAGCAUGAUCAUCAAUACAGGAGAUACGCAGUUUCACAGCAACCUUUGGUGAGCUAGCAGAGACCUUUUACAGAAUGAAUGCAUUUUGUUGAAAUGGAUUUUUUGAAAGAAGAAAAUUGCCAUAUUCAGCGCAUUGAAUCAAGACAUGAAUGUAAAUCAGUCUUACAGUGUCAUAUAUGGACAUAUGUGAGGUGAUUUGUUUAUAUCAUCAAUCUUCUGAUAUAUUUCUAUGUUGAAGCUAAUACGGAUUUGCGAUAUAUUAUUGAAGCUUAUCUACAAAUAUAUAUUGUUAUACUUUUAUGCAGUUAUAUUGUAUAGAAAACUUUUAUUCAGCAUAUUUUUCUGGUGUACAUUCUCUCCAGUGAUAUAAAGCUCAAAUUGUGUCAUUUUUAUAGAUCACAAAGAUGAUCAAGGAUGCACCGAUGCAAAAUGUACCGAUCUACAGAUACCUUCUUGUUUCUAAUCAUUAUUUUGUGAAAUCCUAGAAGUGCAGAACGUAAAAACUACAAACGGCCAAUGUCUGCUUUUUAAAAUCUCCCGAUACCAAUUAUCCAUUGGUGCAUCCCUAGACAAAAUUUAUUAUUUUUACUGUAGUCGUCCUUUAGGUACAAACUAAAAUAAUCACAGUUGCCCCAUCCAGGGACAUUAUGGGCCUUUCUGACAUCAGUUACCAUCUGUUAACAUGAUCUCACUCUCCCCGGUGUAUUUUUGAUGGUGCUGCUGACCUCAUACUUAAACACAAAUUUCUUAUUGGCUUUCAUACAAUAUUCGAUAUUUUGUUCUUUCUCUGUGCAAUAAAAAUAACUUUUGUAUUAGGAUUUCACUGUGAUACCCUGUUGUAAAAUUGACUCAAGAUGUCUGUCAAGACACAUUUUUUUGCUUCUCCACGCAUACUUGCGACAUUUGCUCAUAACGUCUGUUAUUUGUGCCUUUACUAUAUUCCACCAGCACUUAUAUUUCAGCACUACAGUAUUUAUGCUGAUACUGGUCUAAAAGAUUGGUGCUCUUAUGAGAUUUCCCUUUAAAAUCUUACAUUUUCUGUACCAGCAGAUUUUUUGGGAAAUAUGAACAGGAAAGAAACGUAUUUGUUCAUGUAAUACAGGUUUUGAGAUUUAGUUGAUGAUGUUUUUGUUCCCUCUCAUCUGUUCCAAUUAAAUUUGUUUUGGGCAUGUGGGCUGUAUUUACAUUUAAAUGUGCAUUUUAAAAGUGUAAAGAUUUGGGUUGGUGUUAUGAUGGUAAUUUGAGGUUUUGUGAUAAAAGAAACAUUCAUACUGACUUUUGAUUCAGUAUAAAUCACGAUAACAUAUCACAUGCCCCAGAAUAUACACAAGACUGUCAGCUUGAUGUUAUCCUUUUGUUUCAUAAUUUGAUAAUUUGGCAUAUUAUGCUAUAUUUUUAUUUGAUGUCAUGAACAUUUAGUAAAGCAUAUGCAAUGUGUAAAAAAAUAUUUUACACCUAUAUUGUACACUGACUUAUUAUUGGUGUUUUAGCCUGAUGUGCAGUUAUGGUCACUCCACUCCAACCAUUCAAUCUUGCAUCAACAUAUUUUGAAUUUCUCUGAUGCAAGUGUCCAGAAGAAACAACC